AUGAACCAGAAUCCGCUCCUCACCCUGGACGCGCUCGCGCCGUGCGGCGUGGUGCUCCCCACCGAGGCGAGGGCCGCGCUCGACACCUCGCUCACGCUCAAGGCGAGGGAGCUCGGCGUGCAGGCGUUCUUACUGUGGGGCAAGUUCACCACGUCGAGCGGCCGGGACUACUACGUCGCUCGCGCGUACAACGGGACCAAGAGGGUGGACGGCAAGGUCAUCGUCAACCCGGGGAACAAGUUUUACUACAGCGUCGACUGCGCGGAGUGGCUGGAUCUGGAGCCGGUGGACGGCAAGCUGGGCGAGCUGUGCGGGCUGAUCGACGGCAAGCGAUGGCUCACGGGUGACCCGGCGCACGAGUACACCGUGAUGGAGCAGCCCCCCACGCCGGACCCGGAUCCCGUCCCGGAUGGAGACGAACCCCCGCCACCCCCCGCCGCGCCCGACCCAAUCGAGCACAAACUCACCGAGUUGCAACGGAUGGCGGCGAUGAUCAACAGGAUCAACGCCGAGACUGCGUGCGCGCCCGACGGGAUGUACGUCACCGACGCCGCCGGUAACUACGUCGCCAAGCCCGGUUUCUUCGUCCGGUACCCCGACCAGCUGUCGUCGUACGUGGCGCCCACUGGUAACUUAGGUAAAGCUGCGCCCGGAACGUGGGGACUGGUGUGGGACUCGUUCAAACGCGUCGCGACGCUGAGGUCGUUCGCGUACCCGGGCUUCUUCGCGUACUACUCGGCCAACACGAACACGAUCGGGAACCUGUACUUUGGCAACGGCCUGAGGAACGAGGAGGUUGGGUUCGUGUGAGUUUGAGGAGGUUGGGCGAGCCAGAACCCGGAAGAAGACGUGUACGUUUUAAUCACAAACAAGUCUUUCUUGAUGUUUAAAAA